UUUUCUAUUUCCUGACCUCUGACCUCUGUGCUUGUGUCUGUGGUCGGAGUCUCGUUGGAGGAAGCUAUUUGCUUCUUAGAGAAUGAAUGUAUUCCUUCAGAUGAAUGGCUGUCAAUGCUUGUUUGAUUAGCUUAGCAGCAGAUACACUCACUCGGUAAUAGGAUCUGCGGACGCAGCGUGUUAUACGGCUGCUGUCACGUGUUAUGACCUACAUGUGUUACUCGGUGUCGGGAUUUGUUUUGCUACAAGCUAGAUAGCUGUUGGCUAAGACAGUCAGCUAGCUAGCAGGCUACCGGCGAUAGUGCUAACUUAAAAAAGCCGUUGCUGUCAAGUCGGAAUAACAUCCGGCUUUAGAAAUUAGCGUAAAUCAGAUGACCACCGACCACUUCUUUCACCGGGACUCACGUCCGUCCCUCUGUGACAAUGUUUUCUAGGUUAGUUUAUCAAAGUAACCGAACAAGCCGCCCUGAAGUCCUGAAUGAGAACUGUGAACUAGCUAACCAGAGUACAAGCUAACUGUACACACAUCAGCUAGCGAGGAUACGGUUUACUAGCGUCAACGUUUUAUCGAUAACGUGAACGUGUCCAACGACAAUGGCUAACGUUACAGACCUCCAGACAAAAUACAGCAAGCUGGCACAGGAGUACUCCAAGCUCCGUGCCCAGAACCAGGUGCUGAAGAAGGCAGUUGUAGAUGAACAGGCCAACUCCGCCUCAUUUAAGGAGCAGCUCAAGCAGAGGGACCAGAGCCUGAGGAAGCAGGAGCAGGAGAUGGACAGUCUCAGCUUCAGGAACCAACAGCUGGCCAAAAGGGUGGAGCUGCUCCAAGAGGAGCUCGCUGUCAGUGAAUCCAAGGGCAAAAAGGGGAAGAGCAAAGCAGACUCUCCGUCACAGCACGGCCUGGAGACUCAGAGUGUUUUUGACGAGGACUUGCAGAAAAAGAUCGAAGAAAACGAGCGACUUCACAUCCAAUUCUAUGAAGCAGACGAGCAUCACAGGAAGCAGGAGGCUGAGCUGACGACUCGACUACAGGAGCUGGAAACAGACUCCGGGCAGCACCAGGCUGUUGUGGACGGACUCACCACCAAGUACAUGGAAACAAUCGUCCGUCUGCAGAGUGACAAGGCUCGCUUCGAGGUGAAAGCUCACACUCUGGAGAGGGAAGCCAAAGAGUGCAGAAUGCGAACAGAAGAGUGCCAGCAGCAGUUGAGGCGGUGCCAGUCCGAGCUGAACAGACAGGUGAAACAAAGCAGCAGUGUUAUCCAGGAGAAAGUGCCCUUCAAUGACACCAAAUUUGGUGACUACAACAGCCUAAAUGUGCCACCACACAACCGAAGGCACCAGCUUAAAGCCCGGGACGUGGCGGGUCAGGCCCUGAGCUUCAUUCAGGACCUGGUGGCGGCUCUGCUGAACUUCCACUCGUACACAGAACAGAGAGUGCACAUCUAUCCCCUGGACUCCUCCAUUGAGCCCAUCUCCCCCCUAAACCAGAAGUUUUCUCAGUAUCUCCAUGAGAAUGCAGCCUAUGUGCGCCCCCUGGAGGACGGCUUUCUACAGCUACACCAAAGCAUCACAGAGGACACCGUCACAGUACUGGAGACUGUGGUCAAGCUGAAGGGCUUUGCUGAUAAUUUCUCCUCAUACACCGGCUUCCUGCUAAAGAUUCUUCCCUACCAGCUGAAAAGCCUAGAAGAAGAGUGCAACACACCUCUCUGCACGGCUGCCCUGAAUGCGAAAAAUCAGGAGUUGCAGAGUGACAUGAAGAGAGUGACUUCUGUGUUCGAGAAGCUGCAGAGCUACAUUAAGCUUUUGGCCUUACCCAGUGUUCGGCAGGAUGCCAUGCCACAGAGCAGCACCUCGGCUGUCUUCACCCAGCUGGCCGCCUGCCUCCACAGUCUUCACGAUGUCAUUAAAGAGAUGUCAAAGCACUAUAACCAGAAGGCCAGCUUUGAGCAGGAGCUCCCCACCAUCACCCAGAAGCUCUGCACCACCACAGAGUGCCUGCUGGGAUCUUUGGGCUCUCUGACCAGCAGCACCGGCAAGAUUGCCACCUUCUUUAGCAACAACUUGGACUUCUUCACGUCAUCGGGCUACAGUCCAAGAGGCAGCACAGUAGCACUCAACCCUUUGCAGGCAGAGAGUAUGCUGGCCAACAAAAAGAAAGCAGCUGCCUAUAUACAUGCUAUCAAACAGGGCAGGCCGCAGUCCGUUCCAUACAGAGACGCUCUGUCAAACCGCCGUGUACUCACCAGCUCCACCGAGAGCAGAGAAGGUCUCACCCAGCAGGUGCAUCAGAGCCAGGAGAAGAUUGCUCGGCUGGAGCAGGAGAAGGAGCACUGGCUCCUGGAGGCCCAGCUGGGGAAGGUGCGGUUGGAAAAGGAGAACCAGCGCAUUGCGGACCUGGAAGCGCAGCUCGCAGCACCUGUGGGGGGGAGUCCAAACUCGCAACCAGCUGCAGACGGCACGCUCUCAGAAAGCCACGAGGAAGCGGAGGAAGAGCAGCAGGCUGAGGGGAGAGAGUCUGCGCUGUGCACCAGCCUGGUUGGCAUGCUGUGCACAACACCGACAGUUGAGCACGGGGGAGACGAGGAGUCCCGGGAGCAGCUGAUAAAGACUCACUACAUGGCCAGAGUGGGAGAGCUCACCACCCAGCUCCAGAUUUCAGACAGCAAAGCUGUGCAUUUUCACUCCGAGUGUCGAGCUUUGGCCAAGAGAUUAGCCAUUGCAGAGAAAUCCCGGGAGACUCUGAGCGAGGAGGUCAAACUGGCGAAUCAGAACGUCACACGCUUGCAGGACGAGCUGACUACAACGAAGAGGAGCUACGAAGACCAGCUCAGCAUGAUGAGCGACCACCUGUGCAGUAUGAACGAGACUUUGAGCAAGCAGAGGGAGGAAAUCGACACGCUCAAGCUGGGCAGCAAGGGAAAUGCAAAAAAGAACAAAGGUCGCUAGAGCUGCCCUCUAAACUCUGGCUCCAUUUUGGCACCGUGAGAGAAGAUCUGGUCUGUGGAGCCUCCCAGCACUGUCACCAAACCACAGGACGACUACACGAGCCUCAGAUCCCUCCACUGUCAGGCAGUGGCAACACAAACUCGUAUGGAGGCUUGAACAUGUUUGACUGAAGAAGCUUCUCUUUGUUUUUGACCCUUUUCCUUGUCACAGCACCGUUAUAACACACCACGAGUUGCAACAAAUGCUUUACUGAAACUGUACAAGAAGCUGCUGCUUGACCUUUUUGGCCAAGAGUGGGAGAAACAUUCCC